AUGUCCUCUCGAUCCGGACGUAAUCCGCCGUUUCCCUCCCACUCCAACGCCAAUCUCGGUGGCCUCCUUCCUUCGAUCCCUUCCUCAAGUUUGGUGACUGAGCGCUCUCUCCGGCCGAUCGAACCUCACGAUGCUUCGGAUAUGUCGAAACUAAACGGGGAUCCACCGAACAGCUCAUACCGCCGCGGUCACCACCGCUCAAUCAGUCAUCCGUUCACCUCGGCACUGUCGAGUAUUGGUAAGAAGCGUGACAAGGCAGCGCAUAAGCACGACAGGCACGACAAAGAAGCCAAGUGGGAUUCCGAUUCAGACUCCGAUGAGAUCACAUACCCGGCCAAACCAAUGUCUUCGAGCCCCCGGAAAGAUUCAACUAAAGCGGGCUCGAGUAAUGGCACCGCCGAAACCAAAUGCGGGACCUGCAACUCGACUGUUCGGUGGCCACAGCACUUGAACGUCUUCCGAUGCAGUGAUUGCCUCAUGAUCACUGAUCUUGAGCCGGAUACGCUUGGAGAAACUAAGAAUGCAGGUAGUCCCGAUGUGGAAGAUCGAGGGCAUCGGGCCCGGGGAGACCGCCCUCUACACUCACAUUCAAAUCCAAAGGAGGCUCACGUUCCAUUUGCCCCUCCAGAUUUCGCGGCCGAAUCACUUGUAUCGGCAAACCGACUUGGUGGCAUGAUUGAUGGAUGUCUCUCGAAAUAUUUUGACAGCCUUCUCGAUGGUACUCAGCAUAGACCAGCACCCGAUGAGAAUCGCACCGGUAGAUUGGAUAUCCCGAGAGUUCAAAAUGGUACAAACCUUCAAACGAAAGACUCUCAUGGUGGCCGCCUACCGCCCCCCAAGGAGGAUCCGCGCAGUCGCAGCACGUCGGCUUCCAGCGAACAUGGAAGGAUUUAUGACACCAAGGAAAAGCCCAAGUUCCUAAUACCACGUAAGGGUAAUUUGGGGGAGAAGCCUUUGCCAGAUUUGCCGAGUAGGGCUCGUGCAAAUUCGGACUUGCGCUCGCAUCCAAGACCCAGUCGUCGCCCCUCUGAUACGCCUCAACCCCCAGCCUCGGGGAGUUCGGAGAAAGACGACCAGUUUUGCAUCUUCAAGCGUUUGGAGAACUACAUCAUUGCUGCGUUUAAGGGUAGCAAUGUGAUGAACAACUCAUUCCCCACGUACCAUCCAUCACUUCGAUCUGCCAGCAAUGGGAACCCACCGCGAAUGAAGAUGGACCCCAUCAAAGAGGUGGACCCAAUGUUUAAUGUUCCCGUGUUUGAACCUGAUGCCAAAACUCUUCUUUUGGGAGAUGUGGCUGAGAACUCUACUUGGUGGAUGACCGAAUGGGCACAAGCUGAAGGACAGGUUCCCAAGUCCUCCAAGGAUCAUGGGUCUCACAGAUCUCGUGCAGUGUCUUCCCGAAGUCCUCGCGUGAACUGGGCAGAAGCUAACCAGUGGUAUCACCUAAUUCUGACGGCCGGCAGCUCCUGGAAUGAGCAAUGGGCCAAAAAGAAACCCGACCCGAAUCGCUCAGAGGCUGACCGUGUGCGGACCAAGAAAUGGGAAUCGGUUGACCUAGCAUUUAUCGAAAAGGAGAUUACGGAUUCUCGUCUGCACCUCCAGCGGACAUUGAUGAAGGCCACGGAAAAUCUCUUGAAACGUCCACGUUCUAUCUUGAAGAAGCCCGAGGACACUAGGUUCUUGUUCAUAUUGCUUGCAAACCCGCUACUGUCCUCGCCAGGUGCCUACUCGCACGCACGCACGACCCAGACUUCUCACCGUGACGAUCGCCGUCCCUCAAACCCCAACAAUCUCCAGUCAACUACUAGAGACGGAAAAGCGGCAGGUAGAGAGCCUGGUGCGACCGCCUCAAGCCACAACAAUUCCAAUCACCAUUACGGCAUUCUCAAACGCAUUCUCGGAUUACUGGCUAAUCUUCCGAAUGAAGCACAUCAUACAUUCAUUUCCUGGUUUUCUCGAUUUUCGCCCAAACAAUUCGAAAGACACGUGGAUCUGAUAGGUGGGUUUGUCAACUAUCGACUUACCCGACAGCAUGGUCGCAAGCGUACCCAAAUUGCCAUGGACAGCAAGGAUGGCGAUCAGCUUGUGCCGAGUUUUGCUAGUGCUACUGGAAAUACGCCUGCGGAGCUACACGCCGCCAUCAAUCGACGAAGCCCUCAAAAGAAACCGACCAAAAAGAAAGAAGCGCCUAUCAUAUAUGCAGAAGACUGGCAGAUCCGUGCUGCAGCGAGAAUUAUGUCUCUGCUUUUUGCUGCAAACAGCAGUAAUUAUUCGCGUAGACCAGAUGGCAUGGAAUCAAAGGCGCGUCAUCGCACCGAAGCUGGAGCAAACAGCCAGGCACGCCAGCAGGGAUAUAUGGUCUCCAUUGACUCAUUCUACAACACCCUUUUGGACUAUUCUGACUUGAUCGGGGACUUCGAAAUUUGGGAGUCGAAAAGCUCAAAAUUCUGCUUCUGCAGCUACCCUUUCUUCCUCAGCAUUUGGGCCAAAAUCCGGAUCAUGGAGCAUGACGCUCGCCGUCAGAUGGAAGUGAAGGCCCGAGAUGCAUUUUUCAGUAGCAUCCUCAGCCAUCAGGCAGUCAGCCAGUAUCUUGUCCUGAAGGUCCGACGGGAAUGUCUUGUCGAGGAUAGUCUUCGCGGAGUGAGCGAGGUGGUGGGAACAGGGCAAGAAGAAAUCAAGAAGGAAUGGUUCCUCCUGCUGGUACGGGAGGUGUUUGACCCUGACCAUGGUCUUUUCAUCUAUGAUGAGGACUCACAGUACUGCUACUUUAACCCUUACUGUUUUGAAUCAUCUGAGCAAUUCUUCUUGAUCGGUGUCUUGCUGGGACUUGCCAUCUACAACUCGACCAUCCUUGAUAUCGACUUGCCGCCUUUCGCGUUCCGGAAACUACUGUCGACUGCCCCUCAGACAAAUGCACCGCCCACAGCCAAUUCCCGCCGGACGAGGUUCAAGUUUACACUGGAGGACCUUGCGGAGUAUCGACCAGCCCUCGCCCGAGGACUUCGUGCCUUGUUGGACUUUGAGGGCGAUGUCGCAGAAACAUUUUGCUACGAUUUCGUUGCCCAAGUUGACCGGUAUGGAGAAGUUGUGAACAUUCCUCUGUGCACAGGAGGCGAGAAGAGAGCAGUGGACAAUGAUAACCGUGGCGAGUUUGUUGAGCUAUACGUCCAUUAUCUUCUCGAAACAGCGGUUGCUCGACAGUUUGAACCGUUCAAGCGUGGGUUCUUCACGGUCUGUGGCGGUAACGCCCUGUCACUUUUCCGACCCGAAGAGAUCGAGCUACUAAUCCGAGGCUCGGACGAACCACUUGAUGUGUUGUCUCUACGCGCGGUAGCCACCUACGAUAAUUGGAAGUCUCAUCGCCCCGAAUCCCUUCCCGUCGUGCAAUGGUUCUGGGAAUUCUUCGAGGGCGCUGCGCCCGAGGCACAGCGAAAACUUCUCUCAUUUAUUACUGGAAGUGACCGCAUCCCUGCAAUGGGGGCUACAAGCCUCACCAUUAGACUCGCCUGCAUGGGAGAUGAUUGUUCUCGCUAUCCGAUUGCGCGUACCUGUUUCAAUACGCUCGGCUUAUAUCGGUAUACAAACCGGGACAAGUUUAAACGACUGCUCUGGGAUGCAGUCGUGAACAGCGAAGGAUUCGGUUUGAAAUGA